AUAGCCGUAGGAUCGGGGGGAUGGGGGCUGGUCAUGUGACUGUCUGUCAUCUUCAGUCACCUGACCUCCCUGUCUCCUCUGAUGACCAAAACACCCCGAGGUUAUGAUGCCCGGAAGCCCCCCGCAGCGACAGUGCGAUAAGGAGAAGGGCUGACAGAGGGCCCCCCAUAGUCAUCCUGAGGUCUCCAACCACCAACCAACCGUCAUCCCCGUCCUUCACCUCUGCCAUGAGCAGCAACCAGGUCUCCUCUGAGAUUCAUGAGAUCGUCUCAUCUGUCAUCCGCAAUCCGCCUCCGGAACUCUCCCCUCAGACGUCCCUCCAGUAUGAAGAGGAAGGCGACGUCAUCACGGCCCUGGUUGUGGAGAGAUUUGAAGAUAUCCUGCAAGAUGCUCAUCCUCGGAGUCCCACCGAGCUCGGGAAGAGCUACAGCGAGGAGGACUUCCAGUACCACCGUCAGUCGUCUCAUCACAUCCACCCCCCCCUCUCCUCUCACCUCCCUUCGGACUCCAAUCGGGAUCCUCGGAAGCACAAGAAGAAGAAGAAGAGGAGGCGGGCCUCAGUCCCUGGAGACACCCCGGGGACCAUCCAGGAAAGGGACGAGGAGGAGGAAGAGGAAACCGAUGAAGAGAAAACUCCUGAUGAAGGAACAGAAUCCUCCGACCUACAGUUCUUCCCGGUGGAGGACGAGAGAAGCUCGGGAUUGGUCCUCCUGGCUUCACCUGCAGACUCUGGGGUCAGGGAGCAGAAGGUGGAGCCCUCAGGGGAAGACCAGAAAACAUGCAGCUCUCCAGUGGCCGAGGUAGCUAGCACCUCACGCCCCCCUCAUCGACAACCUCCUCAUCGUAGCUACAGCCUUACAGAACGUCGGAGAAUUGGUAGUAUGACCCACCCCGAGGAUGCCCACUAUCACCUUGUGCCCACCGAUGAGACCGAAGCUCAGACUCUCGCAUCAGCUGACCUCGACUACAUGAAAAGUCACAGAUUUGAGGACCUACCUGCGGUGCGUAGACAUCUUGUACGGAAGAGCAAAGGGCAAGUGGUUCACAUCAACAAAGACCACAAAGAGAGACAACCUCACAGGAAAAGUGUCACCCUCCAACCCCACGAGGUGUUUGUGGAGCUGAACGAGUUGGUGUUGGACAAGCACCAGGAAUUACAAUGGAAGGAGACGGCUCGCUGGAUAAAGUUUGAGGAGGACGUUGAAGUAGAGACGGACCAAUGGGGAAAACCACACGUGGCUUCUCUCAGUUUCCGCAGUCUCCUGGAACUAAGACGAACGCUGUCACAUGGUGCUGUUCUUCUAGAUCUGGAUCAGAGAACUCUCCCUGGAAUUGCUCAUCAAGUGGUGGAGCAGAUGAUCAUUAGUGACCAGAUAAGAGCGGAGGAUCGAGCGAACGUACUGAGAGCUUUACUCCUAAAACACAGUCACCCAAGCGAUGAGAAGGACACAUUUCCUCAUAAUAUUUCGACUGCCAGUCUGGGUUCUCUGCUUGGACAUCACAGCACCAAUCACAUCUCUCAGAACAGUGAACCCAACCUAACAGACCCUUUAAUGGGUGGAGAUCCAUCAGAUCAGGAGACAAAAAUUGAUAUAGACCGGGAGAGAGAAUCCCUUCCGUCUCUACCUACAAUCCAACGCUCCAAGUCCAAACAUGAACUAAAACUCUUGGAGAAGAUCCCCGAGAAUGCCGAGGCCAGUGUGGUGCUUGUUGGCUGUGUGGAGUUCCUUGAUCAGCCUACCAUGGCAUUCGUGCGGCUCCAGGAGGCGGUGGAGCUGGACUCUGUGUUGGAAGUUUCUAUCCCAGUGCGUUUUCUUUUUGUUCUUCUGGGACCCAGCACAGUCAAUAUGGACUAUCAUGAAAUUGGAAGGUCCAUCUCCACCCUCAUGUCAGAUAAGUGUUUCCACGAGGCCGCCUACCUCGCUGAUGAUCGCCAGGAUCUUCUGACCGCCAUAAAUGAGUUUUUAGACUGCAGCGUUGUGCUGCCACCCUCUGAGGUGAUGGGCGAGGAGCUUCUGAGAUCGGUGGCCCUCUUCCAGAGAGAGAUGCUCCGAAGACGGCACGGCCAAGAGAAGAAGGUGGCAGAAGAAGUCAGCACUACCAAAGAUAAAGAUCUCCUCACCAAAGUUGCUGUGUCAGGCGAAGGGGAAGAUGAUCCCCUACGGAGGACUGGCAGACCAUUUGGGGGCCUCAUAAGAGAUAUCCAAAGACGUUAUCCCAAAUAUCUAAGUGAUUUCCGGGAUGCACUCAGUCCACAAUGCAUGGCGGCUGUCAUCUUCAUUUAUUUUGCGGCACUGUCCCCUGCCAUUACUUUUGGGGGACUUCUGGGUGAGAAGACAAAAGGUUUGCUUGGGGUAUCAGAACUUAUCAUUGGAACCUGCUUACAGGGAGUAAUAUUCUGCCUCCUGGGGGCCCAGCCGCUACUUGUCGUUGGAUUUUCGGGACCCUUAUUGGUGUUUGAAGAAGCUUUUUACACGUUCUGCUCUGCAAAUGGUCUGGAAUACUUGGUUGCCCGUGUGUGGAUUGGCGUUUGGCUUAUUAUCAUCGUGGUGGCCACUGUGGCCUUCGAAGGAAGCUUCCUGGUCCGCUUUGUCUCACGUUUUACACAGGAAAUUUUCUCCAUUCUUAUUUCCCUCAUCUUCAUCUAUGAGACCUUCUACAAGCUGUUCAAGGUUUUUCAGGAGCAUCCUCUUACAAACUGCGAUACCAAAAACCUGACAGAGCCAGAGGAUGUGAAUGUGACCGGCUUCUCACUACAGAACAGCACCGCAGUGCCGACCCGCGUCCUGGGACAGCCCAACACGGCGCUCCUCUCUCUAGUACUCAUGGCCGGCACUUUUUUUAUAGCUUUCUUUUUGCGUAAACUGAAGAAUAGUAACUUUUUCCCUGGAAGGGUGCGUCGUAUCAUUGGAGAUUUUGGGGUUCCUAUUGCCAUUCUUCUCAUGGUGCUUAUGGACUUCAGUAUCACCGACACUUACACUCAGAAACUCAGCGUCCCCAGUGGGUUCAAGGUGACCUCUCCGGACAAGCGAGGUUGGGUGAUGAACCCUCUGGGAUCUGUGGAGCCUUUUCCGGUUUGGAUGAUGUUUGCGAGCGUCCUUCCUGCGAUUCUAGUCUACAUUUUAAUCUUCAUGGAGACACAGAUCACCACGUUAAUCAUUAGUAAAAAGGAAAGGAUGCUGGUGAAGGGCUCCGGAUUUCACUUGGACUUGCUGCUGAUUGUCACCAUGGGUGGGAUUUGCGCCCUUUUUGGGUUGCCAUGGUUGGCCGCUACAACUGUCCGCUCAGUCACCCAUGCCAACGCAUUAACCGUUAUGAGUAAAGCCGUGGCCCCCGGAGAUAAACCGAAAAUCCAGGAGGUGAUGGAGCAGAGAGUCACUGGCCUGCUGGUUGCCAUAAUGGUUGGUCUGUCCAUCGUUAUCAGCGAUGUUCUCCGUCAGAUCCCGCUGGCCGUGCUGUUUGGAAUCUUCCUGUACAUGGGGGUGACGUCUCUCAAUGGAAUCCAGUUCUAUGAGAGAUUCCAGAUGCUACUGAAGCCCCCAAAGCACCACCCAGACGUCAUUUAUGUGAAGAAGGUGCGCACGCUCCGGAUGCAUCUCUUCACCGCGCUGCAGCUCAUCUGUCUGGCGGUGCUCUGGGUCGUCAUGUCCACAGCGGCGUCUCUGGCCUUUCCCUUCGUCCUGAUCCUGACCGUCCCGCUGCGCCUCUUCAUUCUGCGGAGGAUAUUCACUGAGCGAGAGCUGAAAUGCUUGGACGCGGACGAGGUGCAGCCGAUCUUCGAUGAACAGGAGGGUGUGGAUGAAUACAAUGAAAUGCCGAUGCCGGUGUGAUACCAAAUCCUUCCUUGUGCCUUGGGCAGAACUUCUGGAGACCCCUAAGAUUCCCUGUGAUCCCUUCCCCCGCAAUCCCGCAUAGAAGCUGCUGUAGAAGAGGCAGAGCGCACUGCUCGGGGGUGGGGCUUUGCUGUUCAGGGGUGGGACUUCCUAGUAAUCAUUAUAGAUGAAGGACAGACAAUAUCUGCAGCUGCCCCCGAGGUGCAGAUUACAAUCAUGAUAGCCGUGCCAAAUCCCGGGACAAGCCCCUCCCCCCCCAGGGAAGAGGACGGUGAGGGUGCCGAAAUCUACCAAGACGGAUGACGGGCAAUCACGGGGCCCGCAGUAUAUUUAUAGAGUAUUCUUAUUGGUCAGAUGAUGUAUUAUGUGUAAUAGUGUUAAUAUAUCAAUGAGUAGAA